AUAAAAGAGCAUCCAUUGUUCCAAUUCCGGUGAUAGCAAAAUGCAGCGAGUGAGCAUAAUUCUCCUUUGGAUUACCUCUGUCUGGGCACACCCUUUCAGCAAAUUCGUGCCCAUCAAAGAUUUAGGUCCCCGCAUUAUUAACGGCCAGCCGGCAUCUCUAGGCCAGUUUCCAUGGCAAGUGGCCAUCUAUGUGACAGUACCUGGUGCUACGAACUUGUGUGGUGGUGCCUUAAUUAGUGACACUUGGGUUCUGACAGCUGGACACUGUGUCCAAGAUGCUACCAACUUCCGGCUAGCUUUGGGGUCCAACCAACUCAGUGGUGACGAUUCUAAUAGGGUGGUGCAAUCCACAGAGCAAUUCGUUCAACACGAAGACUACAACCAGUUUACUUUGGAUAACGAUGUAGCUGUGAUUCCGCUACCAUCGCCUGUUAGUUUUAAUGACAACAUUCAACCGAUUGCUUUGGCUGAGAGUGCGCUGGAUGCAGAUACCGUAGUAACAGUCAGCGGCUGGGGACUCACUAGUGAUGGUGGUGAUGGUGCCAGUAAUGAUUUGAACUACGUGGAUCUGGUGACUAUUUCGACUAACGAUUGUAGUGCUGCGUAUGGUUCUAGUAUCGGUGAUGGGGUUAUUUGUGCCCAGGGUGACGGGGCGGAGGUCCACAGUACUUGCGAGGGUGAUAGUGGAGGUCCGUUGGUUAUUGAUGCUGGAUCUAAUCCAGUUCAUGUAGGUAUUGUCAGUUUUGGACACAGUGAUGGGUGCGAGAGUGGUAAACCUGCUGGAUUUGCUAGAACUUACUUUUAUAGAGAUUGGAUUAGAGAUACAACUGGUGUUUAAAUUGUGAAGUACUUGAUUUGUUGCACGAUAAUAAACUAAUUUGAUAGA